ACGGAACUUAAGUUAAGGAAAUGCAGCACUAUCAAAGCGCAACGAAUAUACAUCAAGAGACCAUAACUAUAAUCAUUAGAACCUUGACACCAUCCCAGCAGGCGUUGGUCAAUAUUAUUGCGGAGCUAUUUCCAUCAAAAAUAUGAUGGAACGUCUAUCCACACAUUUGUCGCUAUCUGGCCUAUCGCUAGCACAUCCAUUGCAGACACAUUUGAGCUCUGUGAGCUCCAGCAGCGGUUCGCAUCUUGGUCAAUUGGCAGCGGCCGUUCAGCAGCAUCAUCAGCAACAGCAGCAGCAGCAGCAGCAGCAGCAACAGCAGCAACAGCAGCAACAACAGCAGCAACAACAACUCAGUGCCGAACAGGGCAAUCACAGUCAUUCCGUGCAUCAUUUGCAUAGUCAACAAUUGUCGUUGGGCCAUCAUCAUCAUCAGUGCAAUAGCAAUAGUAGCGGAGGUUCACCAAACGGUGGGGCUUCGGUAGGAUUGGCAGGAUUACAUCCUCAUACAGCUGCCCUGCAUCAUCAUCAUCAUACGCAAUUGCAUCAGCAUCAUACCCAGGCGGCGGCACAGCAGCAGCAACAGGCGGCACAGCAACAGCAGCAGCAGCAACAACAGCAACAGCAGCAACAACAGCAAUCAGCGGCUUCCUCCUCGCAUCACAGUCAGUCAGCGGCAUCAUCGGUGGUAUCUAGCCAUCAGACGCAGAGCCAAUCGCUGCAUCAGCCCCAUUUGAACGGCAGUUCGCAGCUUUUAUCCAGUGCGACCAAUAGCCAUCACAGUACUCCACCACAUCCACAUCACCCGUCCUCCUCAUCAGCCGGGACCACAUCGAGCAGUGUAAUGGCCGCCGCAGCAGCUGCCCAUCUCCAUCACAAUUCUCAGGCAUCGCCCAUUAGCAAUUUGCAUCAAAAUAUGGGCAGUCUGAUGAACAGUGGCAGCAGUGCCAGCGACGUCUUCUUCAGCCUGAUGAUACAAAAUACAACGAAACGCCAGAAUGAGGAGCAUAUCAAACGUCCAAUGAAUGCUUUUAUGGUCUGGUCACGUCUACAACGACGUAAAAUUGCUCAGGAUAAUCCCAAAAUGCAUAAUUCCGAAAUAUCCAAAAGGCUGGGUGCCGAAUGGAAGCUGCUCACAGAAGAGGAGAAACGUCCGUUUAUUGAUGAGGCCAAACGUUUAAGAGCUAUGCACAUGAAGGAGCAUCCGGACUAUAAAUAUCGGCCAAGACGCAAACCAAAGGCCUUGAGACGUGAUGGUUAUCCAUAUCCAAUGCCAUAUCCAUCGGUUCCGGUUGAGGCGUUACGAGCAGGCAUUACGCCCGGUUACUUUGCUCCCGGUCCCACAGCGGCAGCCUAUCACUUGGGCAGCCAUCUCAGCCAGACAUCGACGCCGACCACAACGCAGGCCACUCUAUCGGGUCAAAUGGAUAAAUUCGCUUUGGAGCGCAGUUCAUAUCUGAGUAAUGCGGCCGCAGCGGCUGCUGGUAGUCAGGCUAGUGCCGCUGCCUAUAGCGCCUAUUUGGAUCCCAGUGUGUUGACCAAGGCUUAUUUCGAUUCCAAAAUGUAUCAAGAUCGUGCGGCAAAUUAUGCCUUUGAUAUAUCCAAAAUCUAUGGGGCCCAGCAACAUGCAGCGGCCCAUCAUCAGCAACAACAGCAACAGCAGCAGCAGCAACAGCAAUUGCUAGGAGGAGGCGGCGGUGGAGGAGGAGGAAGUGCCAGCUCUCAUAAUAAUAAUAGCAGCAGUGGGCUAGAUGAUCGCGAUGCCACACCACAACUAGAGUCGGGCGGUGGCAGCAAUCUUGUGGUCGAUGCUAAGCCACAUUUACAUUCGCCGAGCGAUGCGGCGGCCAGUGGCUUGGAUUAUGCUCAAUAUGCGGCUCAACAGUAUGGCGGACAAUUGGCGGCCAGUGCAGCAAUUGGUGGCGGACCGGCCCCGACUGGGGCAGCUGGUGGGGGAGGAGCUGCCACCGAUUUUCGGCGACCGUUGACGGUUAUCUUCUGACCACCAUCUUCUAAUGGCAGCGAAGAGUUGAACUUGUCGAUGACUUAGGAAAACGCGAGAUUAAAUAUAUAUAUAUACAUGAAUA